AUGAGCUCCCAAAUUCAUCAGAAUUACUCCACCGAGGUGGCGGCUGCGGUCACCCGCCUGGCCAACCUGCCUCUGCGGGCCUCCCACACCUACCUCUCUCUGGGCUUCUAUUUUCACCCUGAGGAUGUGGCUCUCGAGGGCGGGGUCCACUUCUUCCUCGAGUUGGUGAAGAAGCGACAUGCUGAGCCUCCCCAAGGUGAGUGGGGUGGGACUCAGGCAGCCAUGGAAGCCGCCCUGGCCUCGGAGAGGAACCUGAACCAGGUCCUUGUGGAGCUGCAGACCCUGGGUUCCACCCGCACAGACCCCCAUCCCUGUGACUUCCGGGAGAACCACUUCCUGGAUGAACGGGUGGAACUCAUCAAGAUGGGCGACACCUGA